GUCAUGUAUUCACAUUGUUGAUUGUCCACAAAUUGAUUUAUUUAUCAUGUUAUAAAACAUAUAAAAGCAUUAAAAGCAUAAAUAUUGAAUCUGAAUGCACUACGAAUUACGUACGUCAUGACAGCUUAAGACUUUAAAUUAUGUUCGGUCACGAAUUAAGAGAACAAUAUAAUUAUAUAUAUUAACAUUAUUAAGUAAUAACUAGUAAGUGCCUAACUUAACUCGUGUAUUCUGUCGACUUGGUAUAAUGUAAUUUUGUCUAUUCUAAGUGUCCAACUCAUUAGCUCAUUGUAAUUGUUGUAAUCAUAAUUACAUGCAUAUUACAGACUGUCUGUGUGUAUAUUAUAUUUUCAUCAUUGUUUAAUUAAAUUAAUAUUUAAUUUAAUACUUUUAAAAAAUGUCUCAAAAUGAAAUUAGUAACUAUGUGAGGACUGCUGAAGACGUAAAAAAAGUCAUAGAGCACGCAAAACUUUCGGAAAAGGAUCUUAAACCAAAUGUACAACCUGUUUAUUUUGGAGAGAAGUUUGAAAACUACAAACUGUUGCAGUUGGAUGAACACAUUCUGGCAGAUCUCAAAUGUGGUCAAACUGUGGUAUUCAAAGGAGAUGAUGAUGAAUCUGCUGUAUUGUGUACUAAGACUAAGACCUAUGAUGUUCAAGAAGCUGAAACAUCAAAUUCAAUUUUAUUACUUCCUGAAUUAACAUUUCCAAAUGAAGAGUUCAACCACAAAGAACUCACUAGCAGAAAAGUAGUUGGUAUAUUCCAUAAAUAUUUAGAAGUGAAACCUUGUAAACCACGUCUUACAAAAUUGAGAGAAUUACUAAAAAAAUGUAGUUAUAAAGGAUCAGAACUCGAAAAAGAAGUAUUGAGAUUCAGCGAAACUUAUACAUCUGAGGAUUUAUUAGCCAAGAUACAAGCUAGUGAUGACGAACUAAAAGAUGCUCUUAAGGAAAUGGGAGCAUUCCAAAUCGAUGGUAAAUGGAGAGUACUAGAUUUUGAAUAUGAAUGUAGAGCUUUAUCAUUUUUAUUAAAUUUGAUUGAUGAACAGUCAUGGCCUUACAAUACUAUACCUAUGGAUGAAACUCUCAAUAUUCUUGGUGAAUUAUUACCUCCGGUAAUAUUGCAACACAUUAUUGAUCAGUAUAGUACUUGGUGUGUAUCAUCAAAUUUAAGUCAAACACACAGAUCAUUAAUUGAAGACAAAGUGUGUAGAUUCAUGGGUGUUGGACUUUUACGUCCGUGUGACAAAUUUAAUUUAACUGAUUUUAAGACAGCCUGGCAAGGAAGUGUUCCGGAAGGAAUGACUACAAAUUUGAAACAAUUGGAUGGAACAGUGCUUGUUGAUCAAUCCAGUCAUCCUCAGACAAUUGCCUAUUUCAAUGAACAAGACUUACCAGACAAUAUACGCGAAAGAUUUCAAUUAUUAUUUCAAAUCAGAAAGAAAUGGACGCUCAAUGAAAUACAACCAUUUCUCGAGAAAUUGGCUACUGAUAAAUUGAAUGUAAAUUCCUUGUUGGCUAAGUAUACCAGAGCUACUACUGUGGAUGGAGUGCGGUUUUAUUGUUCAAGAUAUAGUGGACUGUGAUCAGGAACAAUGUGUUGUUUAUAUUUAAAAUUUAAAUAGUUGACGUUUAUGUCUUCGACAAACAGAUUUACAACAAGGAUCUGAACACGAAGACCACUUCGGACAUUUUUU